AUGUGUGACCAGCAGAAGCAGGCACAGUUUGCUCCGUCUUGUGUGAAGGGUUCAGGAUUGGGGUCUGCCCAAGGGUCCGGUGGUGGUGCUGUUCAGGGCCAGGGUCCAGGCCAGACCCAAACUGUCUGUGUGACCGGCCCUGCUCCCUCGCAGCCUCAGACCUUUGUGACAUACUUAGCUCCAGUCCCAGCUCAAACCUAUGUGAGGGUCCCAGCUCCCUGCCAGACCUACGUGAAGUGUCCAGUUCCCUGCCAGACGAAAACCUACGUGAAGUGCCCUGCUCCCUGCCAGACCUAUGUGAAGUGCCCGGCUCCCUGCCAGACCACCUGUGUGAAAUGCCCGACCCCCUGCCAGACGUAUGUGAAGUGCCCGGCUCCCUGCCAGACGACCUAUGUGAAAUGUCCAGCUCCCUGCCAGACCCAGACGUACUACGUCCAGUCUUCUCCUUCCCAGACCUACUACGCUCAGGCCUCUGGGGGUGGCUCAUCCUCGCAGGGCUGUGCCCCUGACCCCUGCUCUGCUCCCUGUUCCACCAGCUACUGCUGUCUGGCUCCCCGGACCUUCGGGGUCAGUCCCCUGAGACGCUGGGUCCAGCGUCCUCAGGGCUGCAGCACAGGAUCGUCGGGCUGCUGUGAGGAUUCUGGCUGCUGCAGUUCUGGGUGCUGCAGCUCCGGGGGCUGCGGCUCUGGGGGCUGCGGCUCUGGGUGCUGCUGUUUGGGAAUCAUCCCCAUGAGGUCCCGAGGUCCCGCGUGUUGUGACCGUGACGAUGACUGUUGCUGUUAA